AUGGAUAAAAAAGAAAUAAUUGACCUCCGUCCGCUCUUACGCAUGAAGGAUUUGCUCAAAAAGGCUUUACAAAAUGUGGAAGAUGAAUUAGAUGAAAUGGCUGCUGUGCAAGCCUUUGAAGUUAGCUAUUUAGAAGACCCCGAAGUCUGGUUUAAUUUUGGUAAGGAAAGAAAUUUAACUUCUCAUACUUAUCAGGAAGACAUUUUAACUGCUAUUUACAACCUAUUACCUAAUUUCCUACAAGAAUUUGAAAAACUUAUUACCAAAUUGCAAGAAAAAAAUUUUUAA